AUAGAUUCUUUCUCUUGCUAUAUUAUAUACAGUACACAUAGAAACGUUACAUUAUACUAUUGUAGCAGAGUGUGUGGAAAUAAAAUUAAAAUAAAUUAAAUGGAAGAAGAAGGGAAUAAUAAUAAGUUGAAGGUUAGAUUUAACGAAGAAGCAAAGCAUUGGACGGAUGCGCUUCCGAUCGGGAAUGGGCGUCUUGGUGGGAUGGUGUGGGGUGCUGUCUUCUCUGAAACCAUCAAUCUUAAUGACGACACUCUAUGGACAGGAGGUCCGGGGAACUACACAAACCCAAACGCCCCAAAAGCUCUAUCUGAAGUCCGGAAACUUGUGGAUGAUGGGAAAUAUGCCAAAGCUACUACAUCAGCCAUCAACUUAUCUGGAGAAGGCCCUAAUGCAUACCAAAUCUUAGGUGACAUCAAUCUAGUAUUCAAUCACGAUGCCUCUUCAUAUGACAAGUCAACAUAUCAACGAGAGCUGGAUCUCGAUAACUCCAUGGUAAAAGUUAGUUAUUCUAUUGGUGAAGUGCUAUUCAAACGGGAGCAUUUUGCUUCAUACCCAGAUCAAGUUAUUGUGACAAAGAUUUCUGGAAACAAGUCAGGUUCUCUGUCUUUCACUGCAUCUCUUGAUAGCAAGCUACCUCAUCGUUCUUAUAUAAAUGGUCAAAAUCAAGUAGUUAUGGAAAAAGCCGAAGAUGGAAUUCAGUUUUCUGCUAUUCUUGAUUUGCGUAUUAGUGAUGGUAUUGGCACUAUAAGUGUUUCGGAAGAUAAGAAGAUUGAGGUGCAGGGAUGCGAUUGGGCUAUUAUACUUUUAGUUGCAUCAUCUUCAUUUGAAGGGCCAUUCAAUAAGCCUGCAGAUUCUAAAAAAGAUCCUAAAUCUGAGUGUUUUAGCACAUUGAAAUCGUUAAAGAGUUUUUCAUAUGAACAACUUUAUACUCGGCACUUGCAUGAUUAUCAGAAUCUGUUUCAUUCUGUCUCUGUUAAACUUUCAAAUGGAUCAAAACCCACUGAGAAAGAUUUGGUCGCAACUUCAGAGAGAGUCAAGUCUUUUAAAAUGGAUGAAGAUCCUGCGUUGGUCGAGUUAUUAUUUCAAUACGGUCGUUAUUUGCUUAUUUCUUGCUCGAGGCCUGGAACUCAGCCCGCAAAUCUGCAGGGUAUAUGGAAUGAUAAAGUCUACCCACCAUGGAACGGGGCACCUCACUUGAACAUCAAUCUUCAAAUGAACUAUUGGCCUUCACUUUCGUGUAACCUUCAUGAGUGCCAUGAGCCAUUGUUUGACUACAUUACAUCUCUUUCGGUCAAUGGGACUAAAACUGCAAAAGUAAAUUACGAAGCAAACGGGUGGGUAGCACAUCAGGUGUCUGAUAUUUGGGCUAAGACAUCCCCUGAUGCAGGGGAUCCCGUUUGGGCAUUAUGGCCAAUGGGUGGAGCCUGGGUCUGUACCCAUUUAUGGGAGCAUUAUACUUAUACACUGAACAAAGAAUUUUUAGAAAAGAAAGCGUAUCCGUUACUUGAAGGAUGUGCUAUGUUCCUUUUGGACUGGUUGAUUGAAGGGAAAGAAGGAUAUCUUCAAACUAAUCCAUCUACUUCUCCAGAACAUAUGUUCACUGCUCCUGAUGGUAAACCGGCUAGUGUCAGUUAUUCAACCACCAUGGAUAUAUCCAUCAUUAAAGAAGUAUUUUCUGCCAUUAUUUCUGCUGCUGAGGUUUUGGGUAAGGGUGAAAAUGAUCUGAUGAAGAAAGUACUAAAAGCCCAACAAAGACUUCCUCCAACAAAAAUAGCCAAAGAUGGCUCCAUUAUGGAAUGGGCUCAAGAUUUUGAGGAUCCAGAUGUGCAUCACCGACAUAUUUCACACUUAUUUGGGCUAUUUCCAGGCCACACUAUAACACCAGGGAAAACUCCUGAACUUUGUAAAGCUGCAGAGCACUCUCUUAAUAAAAGAGGAGAGGAGGGUCCAGGAUGGUCAACUACAUGGAAAGCAGCUUCCUGGGCUCGGCUUCAUAACAGCGAACAUGCAUAUGAAAUGAUGAAACAUUUGUUUGAUUUGGUUGAUCCUGAAAAAGAAAGCAACUAUGAAGGUGGACUUUACAGUAAUCUAUUUACCGCACACCCUCCUUUUCAGAUAGAUGCCAACUUUGGUUUCAGUGCAGCAUUAGCCGAGAUGCUGAUCCAAAGCACCAUAAAUGACAUUUACUUGCUUCCUGCACUUCCUCAAGACAAAUGGAUAAACGGUUCUGUGAUAGGACUAAAGGCACGUGGGAAUGUAACGGUCAGUAUCUCAUGGAAUGAUGGAGAUCUCCAUCAGUUCAGUCUCUGGUCAGAUCACAAAAAGGGUCAAAGCUUCACAAAAACAAUACAUUAUAAAAAACUGAGUGUUGAGGCUACAAUCUUAACAAGAAAAGUAUAUACAUUUGAUAAGCAUCUAAGACCCAUAAAGACAUCUUCUUUGUUAGAUCAUUCAAGCACGUAGCUUAGCGGUAUGUGGUUUGGUUCUAAGGGGUGUUAAUAUUCUUAGAGGCACCAGUCUAAAUCUUCUAUAUUCUAGGAUGAAAAUAGAGAUCAAAUGUCGAUACGAUAUAUGUAUGUUUGUGAAGGUUUGCAUUCUUUUGGUCUAUUUCAUUUGGUAUCUAUGAAUAAGCAAAUGCUGGAAUUUAGGCAAGUA